UGCAGGAAUUACUUGUGUUGGUGUAUAGGGAUACAAGAGAAAAGUAAGGAUCGGAGAAGAUUUGAGAUUGAAAUGGAAUUGAAGAAAGUGGAUGAGAAGAAAAAGAAGAAGAAAGGAAGCGUUGGUGGUGCAAUCGGUCUCAUAAUUGGGACCACUAUUGGUUCAGGAAUUCUGGCUCUUCCCAUCAAAACUUCCCCUGCAGGAUUAUUGCCGAGUUCCAUAUCCUUAACAGUGUGUUGGGCGUUUCUUCUAGUUGAAGCACUUUUACUGGUUGAAAUCAAUGUAGGGCUUAUGAACAAGAAGAAGAAGAAAUUCAAUGAAAAUGAAGACGAACUGGAGGAGAUCAUCUCCAUCAAGACGAUGGCGCAAGAGACAUUAGGAGACUGGGGUGCAAUCCUUGUCACCUUCACCUACAUCUUCUUCGGCUACUCUUCCAUGGUUGCAUAUUGUUCCAAAUCGGGAGAAAUCCUCAAUCGCUUGACCAAUCUUCCCCAAUCACUCUCCGCCUUCUUCUUCACCGUCCUCUUCACCAUUCUAGUCUCUGUCGGCGGCACUCGAACAACCGAUCAAAUCAACCGAUGGCUCACUGCCUCCAUGAUUGGUCUGCUUGUAGGCAUUGAGGUUUUAGCAUUUGCGUCUGGAUCAGGUUUGGCUGGAUUUGAGGAUGGUGGUGAUUGGGCAAAAGUACCGGAGGCUAUUCCUGUGAUGAUAUUUUCUUUGGUUUAUCAUGACCUAGCUCCAGUACUUUGUGCAUAUUUGGGAGGGGAUAUUGGGAGGAUUAGGACAUCAAUAUUGGUUGGUAGUGUUGUGCCAUUGCUGACAUUGCUUGCUUGGAAUGCUAUUGCACUUGGACUCUUUGCCCAAACUGAUCAACUUAAUGCUGAUCCUGUUGAUUUGCUAUUGAGUGUGAGAUGGAGUGGGGUUCCAUUGAUGGUAGAAGCCUUUUCUCUACUAGCUGUUGGCACCUCUCUUAUCGGCACUCUCCUAAGCUUCUCUGAGUUCUUGAAGGAACAAAUCACUAACUCAACAACAUUGAGAGAGAAGAUAGAAGACAAUAUGUCAUUUAGCCUAAUGAAGUGGUGGAAAAGAAGAAGAAGCAAAAUCAGAAGCAUCGCAGCAACAUCAAUUAUUGUGGCUCCUUCACUACUCAUAUCUACAAUGUUUCCAGAUGCAUUCUCAACAGCCACCAACAUUGCAGGUGGUUAUUGUAUGACGAUGCUGUACGGGAUUCUUCCACCUGCAAUGGCAUGGGCUGCAAUAAGCAAGGAAGAAAGGAAUAAUGGGUUGUCAUGGAGCCGACCUGCCAUUAUAGGAGUAGGGUUGGUUGCUUGUACUGUGGUCGCUGAACAAAUAUUGCAGGAUUUGGCUUUAAUAUGAUUUUUUUAAGAUUCCAGAAAAAGUGUUAAGUGUAUAUUUGAUAUGAAAUUACGAAACAAGACAUCAGUGUAUAUUUGAUACGAAACAAGACAUCAGUCGGAUAA